AUGAGGUCCUUAUCACCAGCCCUCGCGUCCCUCGCGAAUGUCUUCAAGAUCCCAAUGUCGAUGGCGCCGGUCCGCCCAUCAAUCACCCGGGCAUGCCACGAGACCCUGAACCGCCAACCACAACAGCCCGGCCCAGUCACAGCAGCCCUGCAAUCAGCGCCAUUCUCGACAACAAGCGCAAUGGCCGCUAGAAAGGCCUCCGGCGGCUCUGUAGUUGAUAAGCGCAUUACUCUCAUCCGCUACUUCCUCCACCAUCCUCUCACUCCCCGUCCCCUCCGCUUCUCCCGCAACCGUUACCUCCGACACUGGACCAUCCACCGCGCGUGGCAAUUGUUCCAGGCUCAGCAGCGCCGCAAGCACGAACUCGAGAUGAUGCGCCAGUACCAGAGCAUGCAGGAUGCGUGCGAGGAGCUGCGCACCGGUGCGGGUGACGGAGGAAAGCUGUUCCGCGUCUCCAUGAACAAGAAGGGUAUCUUCACUGAUAUGUUCCCUAUUGAGUAUGCUCGCAUGCAGACCGAUUCUCCACCUUCUGAUGGAUGGAACUAUGACUGGAAGAAGCCUGUAAGGAAGUAG